GUUAGAAUCACCGGAUCACACACGCGAACAGCCACGGUUACAAAAGGACGAAGGUCAAUAUCUCUUAGUCUCAAAUCGAGAUUCGUUGGAAAGAGAGCGAGAAAAUGUCCAAAUCAGAGCUUAUCAAGGGCCUGGGUAGCUAUGGAAAUGAAUGUACGAGAGCGCGAAUCCAGCUACCCAGGCCAACGGAAGAAAAGGUUAGAAAAGGGAACAAAGGUGAGUACGAGAGUGUAAAGGUGAGUAUGAGAGUAAAGGUGAGUACGAGUCUGUAAAGGUGAGUACGAGUCUGUGAGUGCAUACGAGUGUGCGAGUGCGUACGAGUGCUAGCAUUAUGUGAGUUCGUGAACCUAACUCUUAUAAUGAUUUGAAGGCUCCACGUGGAACCUUUCUUCUGAUGUGAACGAUGGCAGAACAACACGCGAAGAGUAUCUAGUGCUCUAUCUAGGUGGACGCUUUGACAAGCCAGAUAAUUAUGGCCUCCUAACCUCCCCAGGAGCCCACUGUGGGUGAUUAUGACAGCAUAAAGUAUAGGUAUUAGCGAUAUAGAUUCUACAGUUGCUUGUGUCUGUCACUAUCACAGUGUGUCUUUUGACCCUUUCUGCAGCUGCCCUUCCAUCAUCACACGAGCGCUCCAAAAGAGACACAUUAUACCUAUCGAAUUAGAAGUUGGCUCGAUUAACGUUGAAAUCGUUCGCCGUUUUGUCUCUAAAUAGAGUUUGCAAUGCACUAUGACAUUAUGUAGAGCAUUGUCGUUUGACAUGGAAUGAAGGGCCGUUGAUAUGUUGGAGACAGAUUGAGGAUAUUCAUGAAUUGUCUUUUUCUUUAUGUACUGCCAAACGUUGUAGAUUAACAGUCAGGAUGAUGUUUAUAUGCUACGCUAUGGAACAAGACAUAGCGAUAGAGGUCUGUAUGAGCACCUGGAAGAGAUGUACUUCAUGUCCAGCUCGCCUCUCACCGGCAUAGCCCUUGGCGGAGAACCAGGAGCGCGAGGAUUCUUCCGUUUCAGGGUGUUGGAUGAUACUGCCAAAGAAAAGAAGUCUAAAGAUGGAUUCUACUUGGAUGUGCCAUUUGAGUUGCGACCUUGUUUUGGAGGCUUCUACGGCCCUCAUGUAGCGGUCACCAUACCCUACAAGCCACUGACUCCACUGACCAAAGUGUGCUACUAUAUGAACUCUAUAGGGAUAAAGAAGUACAGCAAGGGUCGUUAUUUGCACAUGAAACCGGGUUAUUGGGCCGGUAAUGUUGCGACCAAUAGCCAUCAUGACUCAGAAAAGGAACCUCUUGAUUGGAAAUCUACUGCUGUAGAUGUGGUGUUUGAAACGGAGAGCAACAUUUCGAAUAGCACAUUCAAAGAGACGCAGGCGUAUGCAUCAUUCGUCGAUUACCCGUUCGGUAUUGCACAGUGCACGAAUGGACUUUGCAAGAGUAGUGCGUGGUUCUACAAUGGAUCGGGAACGCCAGCAUGUGUUGGCAAUGCCGCGGGUAUCUUGUGUGGAGAAUGCAGAGCCGGUACAAGACUGAAGCUAGCAUUAGCGAAAUGCGUUGAUUGCCCAAUGACGUCAUCUAUUCCACUAUGGGUAUACGUCAUAACCAUGGUGGUAAUGACAGUCCUGACAUCCAUUCUGCUCUUCUACUUCAAUGUUGGCCUUUCACCAGUUCUGGAUAGCUGGCUGUUCUUUGUGCAGGCGUCUUGGUAUAUCAUCCCGAACAAAGUUACAUUCUUUCACAGCAGCAUCUACACCGUGUUGACUUUCGGACUCGGACACGUCUGUCUCAAAGAGGACCUAAAUCGACUUCAAGUCAGCACUCUAAUCCUCAUCCAACCAAUCACACUUCUUCUCAUCUUCCUGGCUAUACGCAUUGCACGAUCGUACAACUACCUUGGAACUCGAUUGGCAAGACUUCAGAGCCACAUGAAACUAGUGCGGGUCAUGUGGUUUGUUCUGGUCUACAGCUACUUUAUGCUCACCUUCACAGCUCUCAGUGUGUUCUGGUGUGUGAAAAUCAACGACAGGCUGGUGCUUGCCAUGGAUGGUUCCGUAGACUGCUAUGUGUCACCUCAUCUAGGCUAUGUCCUGGCAGCGGGCGCAAUCCUGGCCAUAGUUAUCCUCCCACCGCCGUUGGUAUUACUCAUUCGACGAACACAUGGUCAUAUCAUGUUGAAGGGUUUCGUGGACGAGGCGUGCUGCAUGUACACUGAUGAGUGCCGCUGGUGGUCAGCUGUGAACCUGUUGAGGCGUAUUGCCAUUGGCCUGCUUGGAUCACUACCGUUUUCGAGCGCGGUUUCCAGACUCUUGGUGACAUCUGGAUUCCUUCUGCUACUUCUGAUGGUGCAUAGCACAGUUCGGCCUCUUCGGAAGGGUGAUUUAGCAGGUGUUGGCUACAACACAUGGGAGUCAUUCAUGCUCUGCAUUUCCAUCUGUAUCGCAGUACUCUACAGUGUCAUGUACGCGUCGCACAUGACCGAAAGCUAUGUGCUACGGGUCAGUGGGGCACUCUUCUUUACGCCCACUGCGUUGGUGCUGGCAGCACUCUUCUACCGACAAUGCCUAGCCAAGGAGGGAGGCUACGGAAGAUUCAGGAUCCUCUCCGUUCGCCGCAUCUGGCAGCAUUGGCAGAGGGGACGUGGACGGGAGAGAAACGAAUCACACCUGGACGAAUCAGCUUUGGCCAACUUGAUAGACGACAUCAGAGACCCACUCUUAGUUGAUAACAUACGUGAUCAACAAGAGGGUCGCCUCUAAAUUAUGUUGUGUGAUCAUGCACCUGACAGAUCUUCAACAACACGAAAAACUGUAUGCGUUGUAAAUAGGCCUGUAAUUUUUAGUUUUUUUAGUUAGUAUUCUCCACCUUUGGUCUAUUUGCGCUCACAUCCCUAGAUCUACGCAGCAGCACCAUAUACGUUCAAGCGCAUCUUUGUUUAGGUGUUUUACUUUAAAAAGCUUCAGCUUUAGACGCAAAGCAAGAAAAGCCUAGACACGCAUUCUUGGUACUAAGACACUAAUAACUAUGAAGAGAGGAAUGGAUGAGUAUCUGGUCUUCUGUACUAACAUUGAAUGACAACAUGUUGCCAUAUGGCUCUCCUACAUUUGCAUGCGUAUUGCAGCACAAAUUCUGUAUUGGAACACUCCAAGCUUCAGGCAAUCGCUGAUUCGUCAUUUGUCCUGGUGUCUGCAGAGGAUCUCUUCUUUCCAGAGUAUGAACAUUCAUUGAAACAUUCAUGCAUCUCGUACUUGCGCGGCCCUCCCAGUCAAUAUUACUACCCAUUUUAGUUAAGAACAAUAUGCCACACUGGCGGUGGCAACAGAAUGAUACACAUUUGGAUGCACAUGUUGUUCUACAAGGUUUUUUCCCUUCCUACAUGUCCAUGUUCGCACGAGCCUUUUUCUUACCGCUUUCUCCAUAUUUUCAUGCUCAUGGCAUUGGCUAAUUUCUUCAGUUUGGUGAACAGAGCCCUUUGCUAUGUAAAACAUUGGGCUCAUUAUGUACAUUAUAACCAUAAAAAUUGACUUCUUCAAAAUU